AUGAACGUUGAAGGUCAGCCGGGAAUAGUGGUUGCAGAGAGAUCAAUAAGUAAGUUAGUGGGGCACUUUCGAAGGCUAGAUCCACCAAGGUUUAGGGGUACUGGAGACCCUGAGGCUGCAUCACAGUGGGUACAAGAUAUGGAGAAAGCAUUCGCAGUCUUGAUGUGUAAUGAAGAAGAAAAGGUGAUAUUAGCUGUGUAUCAACUUCAAGAUAACGCUAACAUUUGGUGGAAAGCCACCAAGGAUGCUGUAUUCCCGGAAGGAGUACCAAGGGUGUGGAACACCUUCCUCAGAGCUUUUAAUGAUCAGUAUUUUUCGAGUGCUGCCCGAGAGUUGAAGAUAGAGGAGUUCCAACGCCUUCGCCAAGGAUCAAUGACUGUCGAUCAGUAUGGGGUUAAGUUCGCUAAACUAUCUCAGUAUGCCCCAAGAUUGAUCGAGGACCCCGAGGAGAAAGCUCGGAGAUUUAGGAAUGGUCUUCGUACAGAACUGAAACAACCUCUAUUACCAUUGGAUUUGGUAGAUUAUCGUGAAGUCUACCGUCGGGCUCAGAUGAUAGAGAGAGGUAUAUCAGAGCAAGCAGCCUCAUCUGGAUCGAGGUUUAGCUCGCACAGAGACAACAUCCGCCAAGGAAAGAGGCCGAUGUUUGGAAAUAGAUUCCAAAGCCCGCCCAGCAAGAAGAGUGGAUUUAAUAGGCCAGGACCUAUUAGGACUAAUGAUGCGUGUCGCUUGUGCGGAAGAAAACAUGGUACAUCACCAUGCCCAGCUAGGACAAGUGCAUGUUUUGAAUGUGGCCAACAAGGCCACAUAGCAAGAUUUUGUCCAAAGAAGCAAAGAAGACAGCCUCAGUUGCCGCUGCCGCCACCAUUGUCCUGGGAUAUCGCAUUAUAA